AUGGCCAACGAAUCUCUCAAGCACGCCAAAGCACUCUUAUUUGAUUAUAUGGGCACAGUCACAGACUGGCUCACCCCCGUCUCUCGUGCAUUUGCAGAAAAUGCCCCUUCUGGCGCAACGCAGGACUGGGUAGCAUUCGCCCACAAAUGGCGCGGACAAUUCUUCACCCAAGUCGCAGAGAUCAAUAAGAAUAACUCAGAUUUUGUGUCCAUACACGAUAUAUUCGACUCGACGCUCUCCCAGAUCCAGGCUGGGACAGGCCUCGAGUGGGACAAGGAAACGAGAGAAGCACUGAUUCGUAGCUGGGGCGGUCUCCUCGCGUUCAAGGACUCUCAAGAGGGUCUGCGACGUCUCCGAGAGAAAUACACAGUUGUCAUCCUAACCAACGGAAUUACUAAGAAAAUUAUAGAAUCAAACAAGCGCAACGCCCUAGACUGGGAUUUGAUCCUUGGAUCUGAUAUCGUAGGGGCAUACAAACCCAAUUCAAAGGCCUAUCAGACUGCCAUCAAGAUUUUGGGACUCGAGCCAUCCCAGUGCAUCAUGGUGGCGGCACAUGCAUAUGAUCUGGAAGCUGCCGCAUCUCAUGGAAUGCGCACGGCAUAUAUCAAGCGAGACACCGAAGACAUGGACGUGAACCUCUCUGGCUACUCAUUCGACGUGAUGAUAGCAGAAGGGGGCCUCCUCGGCCUCGCCUCCAUCAUUUGUGACUAA